GCCACGCCCACUGAAAAGACCGGAAGUGUAGAAGAGACUGGAGCGCGGUGCCGCACGUGCACGCGCAUCGUCCAGGACAGCUCGGUACGGUACCAGUCCGGUCCGGUAAAAAGAGGUUCGGCGGCGACAUGGUGAUGGUUGUUGUGCCGGCCUGGAAGCACCUUGCUCGGCCUGAUGCUGCUCGGCUGUCCGGCUGAAGAAGAAUAUUUCCAUGGCAACGCAAGAGAAGACAAUUCAUGUCCAGCGACAAGAUGAGUACACAAAGUACACAAAGACCCAAGCGGAAUAUCAUCAAGAAAACAUUUGACAUGAGUGACGGCAUGCCGUGGUGUGAAGAGCGUCUGGUACGUAAAGUACUUUUCCUGUCGCUCAGAGAGUUCCGAGACGGGCGCCGUGCAGCACAUGCACGCCCUGCACGUGCACGCCCUGCACGUGCACACUCUGCACGUGCACGCCCUGCGUGUGCACGGCGCACGCGUCAGAAGGCGGCUCAGCGAGUGUCUGACAGGCUGCAGAGGAAGAAGAAGAUGCAAGCGGUACAACACAAGUACACCCAAUCAGGUCCAGGUACACAACCAUCAGGUCCAGGUACACAACCGUCAGGUCCAGGUACACAACCAUCAGGUCCAGGUACACAACCAUCAGGUCCAAGUACACAACCAUCAGGUCCAAGUACACAACACUACACAAAGUGUGCACAACGUGUGCACACUUUGUGCAAGAAGUCCAGCAGGAAGUUACGCUCCCACAAGAUGCACAAGUUGAAGUCCAAGUACACAACAAGUACACAAGUAAAUACCAGGAGUACUGCAGCACAAAACUUUCUGGUUCCAGCCAGGACACGCUCCACUAAAGCCAUGAUAGGUUCCGUGUUGAAUGGUGUCGGUCGACGUCGGCCAUUGUUGUCUGGCGGUCCCAGCUGGAGCUGGUCUUUGCAGACACGCCCCCAGUGCCAGCACCCUGACCCUGAUCCCAGGCCAAAAGUGCAAGCACAGAGAAAGUUUGCCCAGUCUCCGCCCACUUCUCCAUGUCCACUACAGAGGACGUCAACACGACACAACUUCACGCUUGUCAGCAGUUUGAGAAGAUGUCCGCCCAAAACUGAAGACUUCUUGUCCUUCCUCUGUCUCAGAGGUUCUGCAGCGUUGCCAAGAAACUUCUUGAAGGGCCGAGAGGACGCAGCAGUGAGACACGUUGCUUCGGUCUCUAAGCACAAACACUUGAAACUCUUUGCGCAGGAGCUGGGAGGCGGGGCUUCUGCAGUGACGUGUUUGAGUGCCCGCGCACUGAGGAGGAGAGAGAGAGAGAGGAAGGAUGAAGAACGCAGCAGGAAGAAGAAGAUGGAGGAGGAAACAAGGAGACAUUACCUGAGACCCAGACACCUGGCCAUACAACUCAGGACCAAGAAAAAGGUCACCAAGGGGGUCAGACUGACGGAACCAAGGGCCUCCUUUGUCAGGUCGGUUGCAGCCCUGAAGCCCAAGACCGGGCCUGGCGGCCAGCCGGCGUCCGGGCCCAGCAAUAAGCGUCAAAGUGGAGGCCGAUUACGGGACUCUGACAGCAGCCAACACUCCCAGCCUAGCAACCAGCAGCUGCCUCACAAUCAACACCUGAACCUUUCCAAGUUCAACAGAAAGAAUCUCAGAACUUUUCAGAACUCAGGAAAAAAAUCAGUUCAGAUGACGACUCACCUCGCUCCUCCCACUGAGACCAGCGGGGUAAUGAGAUUGUCCCGCAGAAGAAGAGGUCUUCCUCCUGACACCAGCCCGACUCCAAUCAAUCAUUUUCCUACAGACAAUCCUGUGAGAGGGAAAAGGAAGUACAGAACACCUCAGUCCGCUGAGGACCUACAACUGGACAUGGACUGCUGUAAUGGCGACACCCUCGUAAAGGAGGCUAGCUGCAACCAAGAUGCUAACGUGAACCGUGUCAAUGCACACACCCGUGGCUGUGGAGCGCUGACACCGGCAAAGAACGCUUCUUUUACCCAGGAUAAUAGGGUGGAUGUUGGAAUCGGACAGUUGGACCCGGCAAACAUCAAGGAUAAGUCUGAACUGGGCGAGAUUAUCUACAGACACAUGCGGGAAAAAGAGCUACGGAAGAACCCGACCGCUUCACCUUCCACCUCCAGGACUUCUGUUUCCAAUACUGUUGCUGCUGUUCCUCAAGCUUCCACCAACUUGGCGGCAUCGGCCAAAGUCCGCAACCUUCCACCAGCCAGCACUUCCGUCAUGCACAACAAUCCUAACGCUACUGAAGAAGACAAGUUGACCUCACCAGCCAGCAGCUGCUCUGUGGACACUUCCAAGGGCGGCGCUAAACACUCCAGGCAGAAUAGAAGCUGCAGUCGCACUUCCAAGGGCGGAGCUACAGACUCCAGACAGAAUAAAAGCCUUGGUCGCACUUCCGAGGGCGGAGCUAAAGACUCCAGGCAGAAUAGAAGCUAUAGUCGCACUUCCAAGGGCGGAGCUACAGACUCCAGAAAGAAUAGAAGUUACACCCGCACUUCCAAGGGCUCUACAAAACCUCUUCAGCGGACCAAGUCUACUACCUCAACCAUGACAACCAGGAGCAGCCCGAGAGUUCUACUUAAGCGCUAAAAAUCACCUGAGCCAUGUCUUAACUUGUUUACACGUUGACUGUUUGCUGUAUUAAGAUGUCACAACAUGAGGAACACCUGACAAACUAGUGAGUUCCAUUUCUAGAUCGGCACCAGGAAUUCCUUUUUUACAAAGAUAUUUUAAUACGUGAACAACAUCAACAAACUAGGAAAGCAGUGGGAAGGUGCAGACCUACGCCAGGUAAAAAAAAAGUCCUGAGUCCAGACGUCGAUCUGGAUUAUCCCCAAAAUGUAGUUUUCUUCUCAUUUCUAAAGGCAACUUUCUGGCUUUAAGAAACAGCAAAAUAAACUGUGGUAGUCCGUAACAGAUUCAGUUUUAGAUCAAGCAGAGUGGAAAAUAUGGACUCACUCUGAAAAACAAUGAUGGUUCGUUCGAGACCAGGAAAAAACCCUCACGCAAAGUACAUAUACAUCGAGAUCUGCAAAGAGGGGAUAGGGGGCGCUGCUCUGUGAGGUGUGUAAGGUGUGGCAUGUGGGGGCGUUGGGUACGUUUCUCUGUUCCGCGACCUCGGUGCUGUCGCAAACACGGCCAGUCAGUCCAACCAAAGUCGACAAAGAAGUGUGUGUCCGUGAGAGACGGGGAAGGGAUUAGUUGUACUGUCCUCUGGGGGGAGUCUCCAACAAGCACCUCGCCAGGUUUGAGUGCCCACGGCUCUGCCCGCAUCCUUCAAUCUUUUGUGGCGGCAUCUUCUAAUUUGUCGAUACACUCGCUCCAGUCAGCAGAUGUCCUGUUAUCAUGAGUACGAGGUGGGUAUCUUCACUCAAAGGGUCUUCUGGCACGCGGUACUCUGCUUCUCCCAAGAAGUCCAUCGUGAGUCCAACUGUUCCGUCAGGACAGGCAGGUUCCCCAGAACCCAAGAUUGUGUCAAUUUGGUUGAGAAACAAGUUGAUCAGUUCCAUUGUUUCGACUUUGAAGAGUGUUCCAGUCCAGGCCUUGUGGGAAGAGGUUCAGAGUGGAGUCCUGCCUGGCCACCACCUCUCCCUCUCUCUUUGCAGGUCCCACACCUGCCUCUGGUUUGGCCUAAUCAGCUGGAGUGGAUCUCAGCCGGGCGCCCCAGGACCUCAGGCCCUGCUCAGCUCGUGAUUGGCACAGUUGUGGGCUUUGGUCAUGGUUGUGCUCACUUUUGUCAUAGGAAAUAUUCUUAUGUGCACAUUUGAACUUCAGUUUGGACUCCCUUGUGUUGUCGCCAGCUGUGACACAGAGCAGUCCAGGAGAAGGUGAAGACCAGACCAGAAGCCAGCAGGAGGGCCGUGGGCCAGAGAGAAAGGGCGUUUUUUGUUUUCUUGGAAGUUUUCUGAUGUUGUCCUUGGUUUGCCUUUUACCAGCGUCUGUUUGUACUUGCUCCACAACCCACCUUCUUCAACAACUUCUCUGUUGUGUUGGAGCCAUGAUUCAUGUCUACGCACCUGCUGCAACAGCUCUCCGCCUUCCAUCUGGUGCAGGUGUUACCUUUGGAAAAUGAUUAGGACAUUUACGGGAGGGUUCCAUCUGCUCCGUCUAAAAGUGAAACCGCUACGACCACGGUUGUUUUGCUUGAUUUCUUUCCUUCGAACCAGAAAGUUGUCGUUGGCAACCGUCGGAGUCUCGUGUCAUGUCUGUUAUCCCAACAACCCGAUGAACCACAUCCGAGUCUGCCGAGUCAUCCUUUUUGCCAGACACACCAACACCCAGAACUAAUCAGGAUCAGGCCCCAAGUCUCAUCCUUCCAUUUAAACGUUUCCUGAAAGUCUGGUGAACGUCUUUGGACUUACUUUGUUUACCGACGGCAAGGAUGGCGGCGGUACUAAUUGAAUGAGUAUUGCAAUACGAGACCACAGGGCACUGGACUAUCUGUGUCACCAUGGUAACUGGUCCGUAUGGACACAGCAAUUGUAGCACCUGGAACCAUUCCAUCUAAUCUGACCAAGUCAGCGUUUACAACACGACAAGUCAAACCUAUUUCUUGGACUCUUGUCCAGGACUAAAUGUGGCCACUUCUUCACUGGCUCUGUUUGCUUGAACAGAAUGUUUCACAACCUCGUCAUUUCACAAAACCGCUCUCUAGACCUCAGCCACCCUGGCGACACCACAAGCAGCCGUGUGGCGACACCACAGCAGCCGUGUGGCGACACAGUAGAGGAUUGUAAUGUGAAUGGUGGUCUAUGAAGACUUCAAACAGAAGUAUAAAUGAUGAUCAUUUAUUACAGGAAACUUUCAAAACAACUCCCAAGUGAGGCUCUGAGGGUUGUUAGCAUUUUAUUCUUCCACCUCUCAGCCCUGUGCUCACGCUAGCUAGCUUUGUGUGCUGUUAGCUAACAAAAGUUGAGUUGCUAACGUUAGCUAACAUUGAGUGUCGACACCACUGCAAAUUGUUCUGUGUAAGAUAUUCACACAUUAUAUAUGUGAAUAUAUAUUCAUACUGUAUGUAUAUACAUUUAUAUACGUGUGUAUACAUGUUUGUACAUAUUUGUGUGUAUAUAUAUAUGUGUGUACGUGUUUAUAUAUACAUGUAUAUACUAAUAUGUAUGAAGAAAUAUUCAUGUAUGUAUAUAUGUAUAUACGGUAACACUUUAGUAUGGGAAACAUAUUCACCAUUCAUUAGUUGCUUAUUAACAUGCAAAUUAGUAAUUAAUUAGUCAUGAUUAAGUACUUAUUAAUGCCUUAUUCUGCAUGGCCUUAUUAUACAACCCUAACCAAAUAACUAUAUUAACUCUUUGUUACUUAGAAUAUGUUCCCCAUACUAACGUGUUACCAUAUAUACAUGUGCAUAUGUGUAUAUAUAAAUAGGUUUAUAUAUAUGUAUAUAUAUAUAUAUGCACAUAUAUAUCUGUGUAUGUAUAUGAGUUUAUAUAUACAUGUAUAUUCACACACAAAUAUAUAUACUCGUAUGUAUGAAGAAAUAUUCAUAUGUAUAUAGAUUCAUAUAUGUAUAUACAUGUGUAUGUGUAUAUA